CGAGCCGCCAAUCCAUCCGCAAGAUCAGGGAAAGGAUAUUGAUUUUGGCUUCACCACCAUGGUCUCAAGCUCAGUGCAGUUGACAACAAACAGCCCUGAUGGAAAAAUCAACUAUGCUAAACUGUAAUGACGAAUCGGAGGACAAUAAGUCUGACGUAAAAGCCAUAAUGGCUCGCUUCCAGGCAGGAGGUGCAUCUGUAGAAGGGGCUCCAAGUGUUCGACCAAAACCCCCCGUCCAACCCACCUUGUCUUCAGGUCCAGUGGUGCCUUCUAAGAAGCCUGUUCUCGAAACUAGCCUCUCCGGUGGAGCUACUUCUACCUCAACUCCCCCCAAACCCAACUUUUUAAAGAACACAGUCAACACCGCGAGAAGUGCUCCAGACAUGCAUGAUCCUCCAAAGCCUAAAGCUUUUGUGAAUAAGUUUGAAAAUAUGUCAGAAAACAAAGAUAACUUCAAAGUUCAUGUUAAGCCUAAACCACCAGACUCUUCCUUGGAUUCCGAGCCUUCGAAGGUCCCAUUCCCAAAGGUACCACUACAAAAACCUUCAUCAAGCAUCAUGGCAAAUGACUUAAAGGACACAAGUCCAAAGCCACUCGUUUCCACAACAAAACCUUCCUGGGUCAAAGAAAUCCCCAAAGCUGAAGAAAACAAUCCCAUAACUCCAAAAUUGCCAUCGGCACCCAAACCGAAAAGCACAAUGGCUAUGAUGCGCCAGCAGCCAGAGGAAAACAGCAACAGGGAGUCUACCGUGAGACCUUCCCCAGUGUCUAAUGUGAAACCAUCAAGUUUCCGUGUUAAAAAUACUUUGACUAAACUAGAGGAAGGUGUUAAAGAUGGUGCUAAAGCUUCAAGUACAAAUGAGUCAGUCUCAAAGCCUGUAGCACCCAUUAAACCCAACUUCCCCAAAAAAGCACACGGACCUUCUGCACAGACAGUAAAUGAUGACCCUUCAGCCCCCAAAAAGAAAACUUUACCCAAUACCUACGCCUUAGGCAGCGCCCCUUCCAAACCCAACAGACCACCCAAAGUCAACCUUGAGAAGUUCAAGAAGGCAUCAGAGGUUCCAACAGACAGCCCAGGACCAAAGAAUGUCACUCCCCCUCCUCCACCCGCUGCUCACCCCAGUAUUCAAGCACCUCCGGCUCUGCCCUCUCAACCUUUACCCCCCUGCCUGCCCCCACGACAUCCGGGACCUCUAAUUCAAGAUGAGAAUUAUGAUGAUGUGGAGUGCUUAAGGCCCCAGACAAAUGAGGGAAGUGGAAGUGAUGGUGAGAUAUAUGAGGAUCUUGAUGAUAGCAGGUCAUCAGCAGCCGAGCCAAGUCAACCUCAGAAAAAGCCGGAAAAAGAUGUUAAAAACCAAAAAGACCGUGAAAAGAAAGAGAAAGACGCAAUUAAGAAGUUUAAGAUAUCAGCGCCAUUUCAGGUUAUGCAUCAGGUAAAAGCAAAGUCUGACUGCAAGGGUGGAAAAAAUGAUCUCUCGAUAAAGAAGGGCGAGUCAAUUGAUAUUAUUCGAAUCACUGACAACCCAGAGGGCAAAUGGUUGGGCCGGAAUCAAGAUGGAUCAUUUGGUUAUGUUAAAACAGAAAUGGUUCAGAUCAACUUCAGUGCCUUGAAGAAUCAAGCGCAGUCCCCUCAAGGUCUGGAAAAUGAAGAAGUGUAUGAUGAUGUCGAAUCUGUUGACGAUCAAAGGAAUAUGAAUGGACAACGGGUUGUUUUACCACCACCUCCAGAAGACGAUGAUGUGUAUGAUGACAUACCUGAUUCAAAUCCAAUCAGCACUGGAGAUCCCAGGCCUCUCUUAAAACGCUCCUUCUUGGACAUGCUCAAAGUCUCAGUUGAACGGAGAAAAAGCCAACUCAACAAUAAUGACAUUCCUCCCCCUCCACAAUUUACACCUGAAGUAAACAAAGAUAUUCCCCAAGAUAUUUAUGAUGAUGUUGAUUCAUUCCCUCCUGCUCCUCCGCCAUCCAGCCUUCCUCAAAUAAAAUCUAAGCAGAGCAAAGUGCCCGACGACCCCAAAAAACAAAAGAAGUUUGAGAAAGAGGAAAAGGAAUUUAGAAAGAAAUUUAAGUAUGACGGUGAGAUUCAAGUACUUCACCAAGCAACAAUAGCCACCAGUAAGAAAGGAAGUGGGAAGGAUUUGGCUGUACAGGCUGGGGAAACCGUGGACGUCAUCAGCAAAUCUGACCCUGACAAAUUCAUCUGCAGGAACAAGGAGGGCAAAUUCGGAUACGUCUCACUUAGCAACAUCCACACAGACGAUGAGGUCUAUGAUGACAUUGGAGAUGACUGUAUUUAUGACAACGACUGAAGCUCUGCCACCGUCAUUUUCUCAUCUUCAGGUGCAGCUCAUUGUUUUGGGCCCCAUUUGUUUUCUUGAUAGUUGAUGUUGUAUUUAUCAUGAACACGCGCAUUUGGAUGAUAAAAAAAGUACAGCCUAAUACCAUCAUCAUAUGAUAUUAGCCUUGCCUUUCUGUCCAAAUAUGCCAUAAAUUACAAUUUUGCUGAGAUAUUUGCCUUAUAGUGACCAUAGUUCACCCAAAACUGAAAGAUCUGUUAUCGUUUACUCAAUCUUAGUUUUUUGUUUAACUUAAAAUAAGAUAUUUUGAAAAAAGCUGCAAUUGACUUCCAUAGUA